AUGCUGUUCGAGCACAAGUGCCAAACAGUCGCCCUCGUGGGUCUCGGUGGCGUGGGUAAGACUCAGAUCGCGCUUGAUAUCGCCUACUGGGCGAAGAAAGAACAACCGCAGUUUUCGGUAUUUUGGGUACCGGUUUUGAGUCACGCCAGCUUUGAAAAAGCCUUUAGAGACAUUGCUAAGGAGCUCAAUAUCCAUCCAAGAAACAAAGACGAAGAUAUCAAGGAAUCAGUACAAAGUUUUCUGAGCUCAAAGGAAUCCGGUUCCUGGCUCUUGAUCGUGGAUAACGCCGACGACAAAGACCUUAUGCUUGGGUCUUCAGACGACAAGAAAGGCUUGGCUGACUAUUUGCCGCAAAGUGAGAGUGGACUCACACUAUUUACUACUCGCGUCAGGGAUAUAGCUCUGGAAGUUGCGGAAGACAAUCUGAUCGAGUUGCUCGCAAUGAACAAGAGCGACGCCACAAGUCUCUUGGAAAAAUCACUACAUCGCAAGAAACUUCUUGUUGAUGAUACCGCAAUAGGACAGCUCCUGGAAUUUUUGACAUAUCUACCGCUGGCCAUCACGCAAGCCGCAGCUUAUUUGAAUCGGAAUCUGUCAACCUCAAUUGCCUCGUAUCUUAGAUUGCUGCGAAGCACGGAACACAGCGCAGUUGAGUUACUGAGCCGGGAGUUCCGCGACACUUCUCGAUACAAAGAGUCACAGAAUGCAGUCGCAAGAACGUGGCUGGUUUCUUUCGAGCAGAUUCAGAAAUCAGACAGCUACGCUGCGGAAAUCCUAUAUUUUAUCUCGCGUAUUGAGCCGAAAGCCAUUCCGCGAUCAAUUCUACCCCAGGGAGAGUCAGACGAAAAGACAGAAUGGGCAAUUGGCACCCUCUGCUCAUACUCAUUUCUCACUGCACGAAAUGAUGAUGAAGCAUUUGAUAUGCACAGUCUUGUGUAUCUAGCAACACGACUCUGGAUAAAGCGUCAGUUGAUCGAGGAUCAAGUUAUUACAACUGCUGUCUUGCAUCUUGUGAAUGUCUUCCCUUCCACUGACUAUACCGACCGCGAUAUCCGGAGACAGUACAUGCCGCACUCUUUGAGAGUUUUGAAUGAAAGACAACAUGUUGAAACAAAUGAAGAGUCUGAUCUUUGGUUGUAUUGUGGGCAGUGCUACCUGGAAGAAGGGCGAGCAAAAGACGCCAUUUUUUGCUUCGAGAAGUGUUUCAGUUGGCGAAAGAAGCAUUGCUUAGAGGAUGAAAACUCUCUACUUACCUCGCAACACGAACUCGCACGGGCAUACCAUGCAGACGGGCGAGUUAAAGAAGCAAUCAAGCUCUUAGAGAAUGUAGUGGAAAUUGGAGCAAACACACCAAACGAAGAGCACCCAGACCGGCUUACAUCCCAAUACGAACUAGCAAAAGCAUAUCGAUCAGACUGGCGAGUUAAAGAAGCAAUUAAGCUCUUAGAGAAUAUAAUGGAAAUUCAAGCAAACAUACUAAACGAAGAGCACCCACACCGGCUUACAUCCCAACACGAACUUGCAUCUGCAUAUCGAUCAGACGGGCGAGUUAAAGAAGCAAUUAAGCUCUUAGAGAAUAUAGUGGAAAUUCAAGCAAACAUACUAAACGAAGAGCACCCACACCGGCUUACAUCCCAACACGAACUUGCAUCUGCAUAUCGAUCAGACGGGCGAGUUAAAGAAGCAAUUAAGCUCUUAGAGAAUAUAGUGGAUAUUCAAGCAAACAUACUAAACGAAGAGCACCCACACCGGCUUACAUCCCAACACGAACUUGCAUCUGCAUACCUAUUAGAUGGGCGAGUCAAAGAGGCAAUUAAACUACUGGAGAAUGUAGUACAGAUCAAAACGAACGUAUUAGACGAAGAUCACCCAGAGCAGCUUAGAUCACAGCACGAACUUGCACGGGCAUACCAUGCAGACGGGCGAGUUAAAGAGGCAAUUAAACUACUGGAGAAUGUAGUACAGAUCAAAACGAACGUAUUAGACGAAGAUCACCCAGAGCAGCUUAUAUCACAGCACGAACUUGCAUCUGCAUACCGAUCAGAAGGGCGAGUUAAAGAAGCAAUUAAACUCCUAGAACAUGUAGUAGAAAGACGCGAAAUAACACUUAAUAAAACGCACCCAUACCGACUUGGGUCACAACAUCUACUCAGAUUAGUAUAUCUAGAAGACGGGCAAGUAAAGGAAUCAAUCAAGCUACUCCAACAAGUAGUAGAAAUAGAGGCUGAAAUACUUGACGAAGGGCAUCCAGACCGACUUGCAUCGCAAGAGGCCCUCCUCGACGCGUAUGAAGCUUUAAAACUGUUGGAAUCAUAA